AUGCUUAUUGAUUGUUCAGGUGAGGCACCAGGUCGAUCACUCUAUGAUAAAAUAUCCUUCAAGAUUGAAAAGGAUUAGAAUGAUUUCCAACUUUUAAUAUAAACCUUAAAUGGUCCAAUUGUUCUCGAUAAAGAUAAAACUCUCUCAUAGCAAAAUGUUGAAUAGAACAAUUGCUUAACUAUCUAAUUAAGGUUUUAUACAAGAUUGAAAUUUAUAAAAUAGGACUCCGACGAAAGAGGCUAAAGGUGGAGCAAAUAGAAUUUCUGAUUACACGAUAUACAAUCAAAAAAACUAAGAUGAUUAAGGGUAACUUGAUUGGCAGCAAAAUUUAGGUAGUUGUUUAUAUUUAAUAAUAAAAGAUUAAAAUAAAGGAUUUAAUCAAAGACAUCACUUAUAAUUUUAGACCCCAUUAGCUUUUCCUGAACCUUUGGAAAGUUAAAUAUAAAAAUUAAAUAAUUAACUAGUAGAAUCAGAGGAUAAAUAUCAAGACCAAUAAUAACGACAUACUAUUCCUUAAUAAUAAUCUUAUGAUCCUUCUGGUUAAUAAUAAUUUUCUUUUAGAUAUAUUAUUUAAUAAUAACCACCCGAUGUACAAAAUGGUCUUUAAUAACAACCUUAAGGACCUUCUGUUUAAUUUUUUAAACCCCCAUAAAAACCAUUUUUAGAUCCAAAAAACUAAUUUAAUUUUAACCAAAAUGGCAAUCAUUUUCCAAUGUUUACGUAAAUGUGGGACACUAAAUAGAAACAUAAUCUAUAUGAUAAAUUAAAAAAGGAUAAGAAAAUUAUUUAAGAGGAAUUUGAAAUUUCACAGCUAUAAUGUAUAGAAAAAGAUAAUAAGAUAACAAAACUAGAAAAAUAAUUUACUUAAUUAGAAAAUAAAUAUAAAAAUAAGAUUGAUGAAAUAAAUGAAACACAUAUGAAUGAAAUGGAAGAAAUAAAUUAAAAACAUAAAAAUCAAGUAAAAGAAAUUUAUAAAAAACGGGAAUCUGAAGCCAAAAUGUUAAAUUAGACAAUCAAUUCCCAAAAAAUUGAAAUUUAAUAAUUAAGGUAUCAUAAUUGAAAUUAUAAUAUAGCAAUGAAAUUGUAAAGCUUACAAAUAAUAAUAAUGAACAAUUGACAAAGAAAACUUAUCUGAACAAUCAGUAGAGUAUAUAAGUUGAGGAAUAUAAAAAUUAAAUUAAUUUAUUAGAAUAAAAGAAUAAAGAUUUAUAGAGAAAAAAUGAUGAAAAAAUUGCAAGAAUUAGUAAUCUUGAAGAAGAGACAUAAAAUUUAUCUUAAUAGUUAGAAAUUAUUUAGAAAAAAACAUUCAAAGAUUAAGAGAAUACAAAUUAGACUAUUUAAUAGCAAGCCUAAAAGAUUAGAUAGCUUCAAUCUAAAGUUGAUGAGUUUUAACAUUUAAUAUAUUUCGAAUAAUAAAAAAGAGAGGAUAGAGAUAAAUAGAACAAUAGAUUAUAGGAAAGAGUGAAGGAUUUUCAAAAUGAGAUAGAAUUAAAAGAAAUAGAAAUAAAAAAUAAUAAAAAAAUUAUUAAUUAUCUAGGAGAAUAAUCUCAAACAAUGUAGGUUGUAAAUAAAGCAGAUAAAAAAUUCGAUUAAAAACUUUAAUAAUUGUUAGAAAAAAUGGAAAGAGAAAUAUAUGCUAAAAAAAAAUAAUUUGAACAAAAUAAAAAAGAUUAUUUAAGAUUAUAAUAAUAGGAUGCUUAAUAGAUUGAAAUAUAAAACGAAAGAAAGUAAAAAAUUAAACUUUAGAAACAGUAAACAGCUAUGAAAUUAAAGGAAAUAAUUUUGAAUACUUAAGGAAUACUUUAAGUUGGACUUUUGGUUGAUGUAACAGGAUCUAUGGAUA